AAUAUAUGGAAUCGAAGCUUAAAUAAUUGAGACGAGCACGAGCCACAAUCCAAUGGAUUCUUUCACAGACCGCAAAAGUCAAGAGAAAAUGAACCCCUCCCCCUCUCUUACUCUGUGACUCCUCCGCCGUCCGAUCAACCGAAUCUCUCAAUCUCACCCCGAUUCCCAACGCCCUUUACUGCCUCUUUUUCCGGUUCCAUGCAAAAAAGCCCGACAUUUUUCACAAACUCCCAACAAUUUUUCCCCUUUCUCUCUCUCUCCCUCUCUCCUCAUUCACUGCUGGAUUCAUCAUUCCUUAUUUAUUGCUUUCCACUCUCUGCUGACUACAUUUAAAGCGCAGCACAGAUUUUCCAGCUACAAGCCUGCCCGGAAUCUUCAUCUCACUCUCUGUUGGUGACGGCGCGUGAUGAUAAUUGGAUGGUGAUGAUGACGAUGACGUCGACGCUGAUUUUUUAGCUUGAAUUAAGACUGAAUCAUUCUUUCUUAAUUUGGUGAAGCAGAUCUCACAUGCCAUCACUACAUAAAAAGCAAUGCCUUUAUUCAGUAAACUAAGUGUAUCUUCCCCAAAACCUUGCAAAAGGAGUCUAUAAGGAAUCAUGAAGAGGUUGCAGAUACAUCAAAGUAACCAUCCAUUUGAUCCAUAUCCUUUUGAGGCUUUUCGGAAUGGCUCAUGGCAACCUGUGGAGCGCCUCAAAGUUAAUGGUGGAGCUAUCUCGACACAUAUUGUUGAAAAUGGAGAGGUCAUUGAGGAGGACCUUCCAAUGUCGCAUCUUCGUGUAAGGUCAAGAAGAGCUAUUGUAUCCGACUGCAUAUCCUUUUUAAGGCAAGGAGUUGAUGUUUGUGUAUUUUCUACAUUUCACAAUCCUGAAGAUUCAGAUGAUGAGACAAGUGAUGAACCUGUCUGGGUUGAUGCAAGGAUAAGAUCGAUUGAGAGGAAACAUGAUGGCGCAUCAUGUAACUGCGAGUUCUAUAUCAGUUUCUACGUCGACCAAGGCCCUGAUCUUUAUCUGAUAAACAAGAAGCUUUGUAAAGCAACUACCAUGGUGAAAAUCAAUCAGAUUUCUGUACUUCAAAAGCUAGAACAGAAGCCAUACGAGAGUCAAUAUUACCGUUGGGGGUCCUCCGAGGACUGUUUUUCAGUUCAAAAGUUCAAGUUGUUUAGUGGGAUAUUCUGCGCUGAUAUGUCAUGGCUCAUUGUCGCAUCUGUUCUGAAGCAAACGGCAUUUGAUGUGAGAUCGAUGAGGAAUCAUAUUGUCUACGAGGUUUCGGAAUACAGUCCUGACAGUGGUCAAGCAGAUUCUCCGAAUCAUACGUAUUGUGUGAGUUUCAAGGUGGAAAAUAAUGUUUUGACCCCUUUUGUUAUGCAAGCUGAUCUGGCCACCAACGAGGAAGGUUCCGAAGGACGUGAGGUCGGGUUCUUGUGUUCGUACGAUCCCACUGAACUGCGGAGAUCAAAACGUCGAAAUGCACAGCCAGAACGUUACUUGGGUUGCGAUAACCUUCCAGAUUACGAGAUUGAGGUGACCCGUUUAGGAGAGAGCAAGACCUAUAAGAAAGAGUAUGAUGAGAGUUCGUCGGAGGAUGAAGAGUAUGAUGAGUUUCCAAUGGCUCUCUCAGUUCAGGCCGACAACGAAUUUCAGCACCACCGUUCGGAUGAAAACUGCAGUAGCUCUAGUAAAAGAAAGUCCAAAGAUGGCGCUCCAUCACAUGAAAAUGAUGGGGACUCGGACGCGCCUAAACGUAAGAGUGGUAAGAAAUCGGGCAUGUCUAAGUAUCAGCAGAAAUUAGCCGCGCUCAAAGGAGCUCGACAAGAAGAGCUUGCGAUCAUUCCUACAGACGGUUCCGGUGGCAAUGGCUCGUCGAUCCUCGAUAAAAAUUUCCUGAAUUUCAAGGUUCCUGAAGAAAGUUCGAAAGAUAUCGGAGAAAUGGUUUCAAGAUAUUUCUAUAUGAACGGAUUUCAGUCCUCACAGAAAAGGAAAACAUUUGACUUCAUGGAUGCUGAAAGUGGAGGUAGAAAGGGUCCGAAAGUCACUCGUAGAAAAUACCACAGAGUGAGCAGCCAUUCGACUAGUUUGAAGAGGGACUGCUUUUACGUUAGAGAGAGCAUUUACGACGUGAGGAGUUUCAGGAAGGGCUCUGUAACGGCACAACUAUGCCGAGAAUUGAUCAGAAGAUGUAUGAACAAUAUCGAUGCCACUCUAAAAAAUGAGCCGGUGCAGCCCCCCGUGGUUGAGCAGUGGAAGGAGCAUCAGUCGAAGAAAUCCUCGAAUGAGAAGGAGCCGGACGAGAAACCUGCUGUAAACAACGAGGAAGGAAUAUCGGAGAUCGAUAUGUUGUGGAAGGAAAUGGAAGUUGCUUUGGCAUCAUGGUACCUCCUUGAUGAUAAUGAGGAUUCUCAUGGUAAACCUCCUGAUGAAGUGCAAAACUCGAGUUGGAUCGGGGGGAAUAAGUGCGAACAUGAUUAUCGACUUGAUGAGGAAGUUGGAAUGGUUUGCCAAUUGUGUGGAUCCGUGGAGACUGAAAUAAAGGAUAUUUUGCCACCAUUUACUCCAACUACACAAAGCACUCCAACAAAGGAGCAAAGAACUGGAGACGACGUGGACGCAGAGCACAAAAAGAGCGAACAUAAAGAUCUCGAGCAACUCUGCAUUCCUGCCCCAUCGACUAAGCCUUCAAUAGGAAACGGGGAGAACAACGUGUGGUCGCUGAUUCCUGAUCUCAAAGAUAAACUACGGAGCCACCAAAGGAAAGCUUUCGAAUUCCUGUGGCGGAACAUUGCUGGAUCUUUGAUACCAUCACGAAUGGAGAAAAAGAAGAAGAGACGAGGCGGCUGCGUCAUUUCUCACGCUCCUGGAGCCGGAAAGACUUUGCUCAUCAUCGCGUUUCUUGUUAGCUACCUGAAGCUGUUUCCCGGAUCGAGGCCGUUAGUCCUUGCUCCAAAAACGACGCUGUACACGUGGUACAAAGAGAUAAUCAAGUGGAAGGUGCCUAUUCCUGUUUACCAAAUCCACGGUGGUCAAACAUAUAAAGGCGAGGUCUUGAAGCAGAGAAUGAAGGUCGCACCGGGCCUUCCCCGCAACCAAGAUGUCAUGCAUGUGCUCGACUGUCUUGAGAAGAUGCAGCAGUGGCUUUCGCAUCCCAGCAUCCUGCUUAUGGGCUACACCUCAUUCCUCACUCUGACACGGGAAGAUUCGCCUUACGCGCACAGGAAAUACAUGGCUCAACUACUGAAGCAGUGCCCCGGGAUUCUGAUCCUUGAUGAAGGGCAUAACCCGAGGAGCACAAAGUCGAGGCUCAGGAAAGCUCUGAUGAAGGUUAAUACGAGGCUUCGAGUUUUGCUCUCGGGUACGUUGUUUCAGAACAAUUUCGGUGAAUAUUUCAACACCCUUCUCUUAGCAAGGCCGAGCUUCGUGAACGAGGUGUUGAGAGAGCUGGAUCCCAAGUAUGAGAAGAGAAAUAAAGAGAGGCUAACUCAAUUUUCGCUGGAGAAUCGGGGACGAAAGCUUCUGAUCGAUAAAAUCUCGAAGAAGAUAGACUCCAACAAGGGCGGAGAAAGAGAGCAAGCGCUGAAGACGUUGAGGAAACUGACUACCAAGUUCAUAGACGUGUAUGAGGGAGGCACCUCAGACGAGCUCCCCGGCUUGCAAUGCUACACGUUGAUGAUGAAGUCGACCAGCCUUCAACAAGAGAUUCUGUUGAAACUUCAGAAUCAGAGGCCCGUGUACAAGGGAUUCCCUCUGGAGCUGGAGCUGCUUAUCACGCUUGGUGCCAUCCAUCCUUGGUUGAUCCGAACAACAGCGUGCUCACGCCAGUACUUCAGCCCGGAGGAGCUGGAGGAUCUCGAGAAGUUCAAGUUUGACAUGAAGUCGGGCUCCAAAGUUAGAUUCGUUAUGAACCUCGUGCCAAGAUGCCUGCUCAGAAACGAGAAGCUGCUGAUAUUCUGCCACAACAUCGCCCCGAUCAAUCUGUUCCUGCAGAUAUUCGAGAGGUUCUACGGCUGGCGUAAAGGGCGGGAAGUCCUUGUGCUUCAAGGAGACAUCGAGCUCUUUGAGAGAGGGCGGGUGAUGGAUAAAUUUGAGGAGCCAGGGGGGCCAUCAAAAGUCAUGCUUGCCUCGAUCACGGCCUGUGCUGAAGGUAUCAGCUUGACUGCUGCGUCGCGCGUUAUCUUGCUCGACUCUGAGUGGAAUCCUUCCAAGAGUAAGCAGGCGAUUGCACGAGCGUUCCGGCCCGGCCAGAACAAAGUUGUUUAUGUAUAUCAACUGCUGGCCACUGGCACACUGGAGGAGGAAAAGCACAGCAGAACUACUUGGAAGGAGUGGGUUUCGGAUAUGAUUUUCAGCGACGAACACGUCGAGGACCCGUCUCACUGGCAGGCGCCCAAGAUCGAGGAUGAGCUACUCAGAGAGAUUGUCGAAGAAGAUCGAGCAGCGCUGUUCCACCGGAUCAUGAAGAACGAGAAAGCCUCCAACGUGAUUAGAGGAAAAGGUAUGCUCAAGAAAAUGUGAUGAUGAUGCCAUAUCAUGUUUUAGACUGCGAUGGAUGUACAUUCUAAUCCUUAAUUUUCAUCCUAUUUUCUUGAACAAGUUGUUUAUUUUUCCAUUUUCCCGGACAAUGAGGAGAUGAAUAAAAAUAUAAAAUCACAUUAAGAAAAUUUGAAAUAUGUGAUUCAAGACAGGAUGAAUGAAUAAUUGAUUGAAGACAUUAUUAUUUUGCAAUAAAUCAAUGUUGUUACUCUCGCCA